AUGGAUAAAGCAAACAAGAUGGUUGUGGUUGGCGACGGUGCCGUGGGUAAAACCUGUCUCCUUGUCAGCUUUGUUGAAGAUAAAUUUCCAGAAGAUUAUGUACCAACUGUGUUUGAUAAUUACAGUACAAAUAUGGUCGUCGAUAAAGAAGUACAAACCAUUGAUUUGUGGGAUACAGCAGGACAAGAAGACUACGAUCGAUUAAGGCCACUCUCCUAUCCUGACACCAAUAUUUUCCUCAUUUGUUUUUCAGUGGUUCAUCGCAGCUCAUUUGACAAUAUUCAAACGAGGUGGCUACCCGAAAUUACACACUAUGCACCAGGAGUCCCUAUGUUAUUGGUGGGUACUAAGGUCGAUUUGCGUGAAGAUCCUCGUUACUUGAUGGAAAAUAAGAAUUCACGAGAGGGACCACCAAUUACAAAGGAAGAAGCAGAAAAGAAACGAAAGGAAUGGAAAAUGCAUCGCUAUGUGGAAUGUAGUGCCAAGACACAACAUGGAGUGAAAGAAGUAUUUGAGACUGCGGUCCGAAUUUCGAGAAAUCCUGAUAAGUUCAAAGAUUGGGAGGAAGAUUCAACCUCCAUUGAAAAGAAAAAGAAAUGCAUCUUGUUGUAA